AUGAGGGGCCGGCGGGGCAGGCCGCCCAAGCAGCCCGCGGCUCCCGCUGCGGAGCGUUGCGCCCCGGCCCCGCCGCCGCCGCCGCCGCCGCCGCCCACGUCCGGACCCAUCGGGGGGCUCCGAUCGCGGCACCGCGGCAGCAGCCGGGGCAGGUGGGCCGCCGCCCAGGCUGAGGUGGCGCCCAAGACGCGGCUGAGCUCACCCAGGGGGGGCAGCAGUAGCCGGAGGAAGCCGCCGCCGCCGCCGCCGCCGGCCCCCCCCAGCACCAGCGCCCCGGGCCGGGGGGGGCGAGGAGGCGGGGGCGGCAGGACGGGGGGCGGGGGCGGCGGCGGCCACCUGGCCCGGGCCACCCCGGCCCGGAGGGCCGUCAACAAAGUGGUGUACGAUGACCACGAGAGCGAGGAGGAGGAGGAGGACAUGGUCUCCGAGGAAGAGGAGGAGGAGGACGGCGACGCCGAGGAGACCCAGGAUUCCGAGGACGACGAGGAAGAUGAGAUGGAGGAGGACGACGAUGACUCCGAUUAUCCGGAGGAGAUGGAAGACGACGACGACGACGCUAGUUAUUGCACGGAAAGCAGCUUCAGGAGCCAUAGCACCUAUAGCAGCACUCCAGGUAGGCGAAAACCAAGAGUACAUCGACCUCGUUCUCCAAUAUUGGAAGAAAAAGACAUCCCGCUCCUUGAAUUUCCCAAGUCCUCUGAGGAUUUAAUGGUGCCUAAUGAGCAUAUAAUGAAUGUUAUUGCCAUUUAUGAGGUACUGCGGAACUUUGGCACUGUUUUAAGAUUAUCACCUUUUCGCUUUGAGGACUUUUGUGCGGCUCUGGUAAGUCAAGAGCAGUGCACACUUAUGGCAGAGAUGCACGUUGUGCUUUUAAAAGCAGUUUUGCGUGAAGAAGACACUUCCAAUACUACCUUUGGACCUGCUGAUCUGAAAGAUAGUGUUAAUUCCACACUGUAUUUCAUAGAUGGGAUGACGUGGCCAGAGGUGCUGCGGGUGUACUGUGAGAGUGAUAAGGAGUACCAUCAUGUUCUUCCUUACCAAGAAGCAGAAGACUAUCCUUAUGGACCAGUAGAGAACAAAAUCAAAGUUCUGCAGUUCUUAGUCGAUCAGUUUCUUACAACUAAUAUCGCUCGUGAGGAACUGAUGUCUGAAGGAGUGAUUCAGUAUGACGACCAUUGUAGGGUUUGUCACAAACUUGGGGAUUUGCUUUGCUGUGAGACGUGUUCAGCAGUAUACCAUUUGGAAUGUGUGAAACCACCUCUUGAGGAGGUGCCAGAGGACGAAUGGCAGUGUGAAGUCUGCGUAGCACAUAAGGUGCCAGGGGUGACUGACUGUGUUGCUGAAAUCCAAAAAAAUAAACCAUAUAUUCGACAUGAACCUAUUGGAUAUGACCGAAGUCGGAGGAAAUACUGGUUCUUAAACCGAAGACUCAUAAUAGAAGAAGAUACAGAAAAUGAAAAUGAGAAGAAAAUUUGGUACUACAGCACAAAGGUCCAGCUUGCAGAAUUAAUUGACUGUCUAGACAAAGAUUACUGGGAAGCAGAACUUUGCAAAAUUCUAGAAGAAAUGCGUGAAGAAAUCCACCGGCACAUGGACAUAACGGAAGACCUGACCAAUAAGGCUCGAGGCAGUAACAAAUCCUUUCUGGCUGCAGCAAAUGAAGAAAUUUUGGAAUCCAUAAGAGCCAAAAAAGGAGAUAUUGAUACUGCUAGAAGCCCCGAAGAAGUAGAAAAGGACAAGAAUGAGACUGAGAAUACUGACUCCAAAGAUUCUGAGAAAAGCAGAGAGGAGUGUGAAGACCAGUCCCUUGAAAAAGACAAUGAUGACCAAACACCAGAUGAUAAUCCUGAACAAGGAAAAUCUGAGGAGCCAACAGAAGUUGGGGAUAAAGGUAACUCUGUGUCAACAAAUCUUGGCGACAACACCACAAAUGCUUCUUCAGAAGAGACUAGUCCCUCUGAAGGGAGGAGCCCCGUGGGGUAUCUCUCAGAAACCCAUGAUAGCAGCAACAUGACAGAGAAGAAGGUGGCAUCUGAGCUCCCCCAGGAUGUGCCAGAAGAACCUAACAAGACAAGUGACAGCAGUAACACUAGUGCUCCCACUACCUCCAUCCAGCCUAAUCUGGAGAACAGUAACAGCAGCAGUGAACUCAGUUCUUCCCAGAGGGACUCUGCUAAGGCAGCUGAUGAUCCUGAAAACGGAGAAAGAGAAUCCCAUACACCUGUCUCUAUUCAAGAAGAGAUAGGUGAUUACAAAUCAGAGAAGUCUAAUGGCGAAAGAAGUGAGUCUCCUGGAGCUGGGAGAGGUGGAUCUGGUUCUACUCGAAUUAUCACCAGAUUACGGAAUCCAGAUAGCAAACUGAGUCAGCUGAAAAGCCAGCAGGUGGCAGCUGCAGCCCAUGAAGCAAAUAAAUUAUUUAAGGAAGGCAAAGAGGUUCUGGUAGUUAACUCUCAAGGAGAAAUUUCACGACUUAGCACCAAAAAGGAAGUGGUCAUGAAAGGAAAUAUCAAUAAUUAUUUUAAAUUGGGUCAAGAAGGGAAGUAUCGUGUCUAUCACAAUCAGUACUCUACCAAUUCAUUUGCUUUGAAUAAGCACCAGCACAGAGAAGAUCAUGAUAAGAGAAGGCAUCUUGCACAUAAAUUCUGUCUGACUCCAGCAGGAGAGUUCAAAUGGAACGGUUCUGUCCAUGGGUCCAAAGUUCUUACCAUAUCUACUCUGAGACUGACUAUCACCCAACUAGAAAACAACAUCCCUUCAUCCUUUCUUCAUCCUAAUUGGGCAUCACACAGGGCCAACUGGAUCAAGGCAGUCCAGAUGUGCAGCAAACCCAGAGAAUUCGCGUUAGCUUUAGCCAUUUUGGAGUGUGCAGUUAAACCAGUUGUGAUGCUGCCAAUAUGGCGGGAAUCUUUGGGACACACCAGGUUACACAGGAUGACAUCAAUCGAAAGAGAAGAAAAAGAGAAAGUUAAAAAAAAAGAGAAAAAACAAGAAGAAGAAGAAACGAUGCAACAGGCUACAUGGGUGAAAUAUACAUUUCCAGUCAAACAUCAGGUUUGGAAACAAAAAGGAGAGGAAUACAGAGUAACAGGAUAUGGUGGUUGGAGCUGGAUUAGUAAAACUCACGUUUACAGAUUUGUUCCUAAAUUGCCAGGCAAUACUAAUGUGAAUUACAGAAAGUCAUUAGAAGAAACCAAAAAUAAUAUGGAUGAAAAUAUGGAUGAAUCAGAUAAAAGAAAAAGUCCACGAAGUCCAAAAAAAGUAAAAGUAGAGCUUGAUUCUGAGAAAGGCGAGGUAAAAGAUUCAGAUGCCGCAAAAGGAGUAGACCAAAGUGAAAUGGACAUUUCCAAGAUUACUGAGAAGGACCAAGAUGUAAAAGAAGUUUUAGAUUGUGACAAUGAUAAAUCCUUCAAGGAAGAACCAAUGGAAAUAGAUGACGAUGUGAAAGCAGAGCCACAUAUGAAUUGCCAGGAAAUUUCUCAAGUAGAUGUGGUCAAUGUCAGUGAGGGUUUUCAUCUCAGGACUAGUUAUAAAAAGAAAACAAAAUCAUCCAAACUAGAUGGACUUCUUGAAAGAAGAAUUAAACAAUUUACACUGGAAGAGAAACAGCGCCUAGAGAAAAUUAAGUUGGAAGGUGGAAUUAAGGGUAUAGGAAAGACUUCUUCUGCAAGUUCUUUGAAAAGCCUGUCUGAGUCACCAAUGAUAACAAAAAUAAAAGAAGAGUAUGACUUGCUCAGACAAGAACAAAGCCCUAAUGCAAGCAAUGAUAAAUCUGAUGAUUUAAUUCAGGGGUGCUCACAAAGUGAUUCCUCAGUUCUUGGAAUCAGUGAUCCUAACCAUACCACAAAUAAACUUUACCCAAAAGAUCAAGGGCUGGAUGAUGUCUCCAUUCAGAGCCCAGAGGCAAACUGUCAGAAACAGAAUUCUCUUGUAAAUGACACAGAUGAGAGGCUCUCUGAACCCACCAAUAAAGGCCAGGAACCCAGUACUAUUAAAACAGAAGGAAGCGAUUUUCUCAUGGGUGACUCUAAACUAGCCAGUGCAAAUGAAAUUGGUUCUUUGAUCUAUAAGAACAAAAAAACACUCCUACAGGAGGAUAAUGACGCCAUUGUGUCUCCUUCUGAGAGCUCUUUACUUCCAUCAGUACCUAAAAGUAUCAGUGACAGAGAUACCCCAUCUCUGUCAAAAGCAAUGGACUUCGAAGGAAAACUGGGAUAUGACUCUGAAUAUAAUAGUACUUUGGAAAAUAGUUCUGACACCAUGUCUAUUCAGGACAGCAGUGAAGAAGAUAUGAUUGUUCAGAGUAGCAAUGAAAAUAUUUCUGAACAGUUCAUAGCUCAAGAGCAAGGUGUCGAAGACUUGGAGCCAUUGAAAUGUGAGUUUGUUUCAGAUAAGUCCCCCGGAAACCGUGAUGACAGGCUGCAGGCUGAAGUGCCUGAAGCAAAUGGUAAAAAAUCAAGUCAAGAACCAAAGUUAGAGGAGAGACCAGUUAAUAAACGUAUUGAUCAAAUAAAUCUAAAAAAUACCACUGACAAAAAGAAUAAUGAAAACCGAGAGUCUGAGAAGAAAGGACAGAAAGCAAGUACAUUUCAAAUAAAUGGAAAAGAUAAUAAACCUAAAGCUUAUUUGAAAGGUGAAUGCAUGAAAGAAAACUCUGAGAGUAAGAUAAGAAGUGGUGAUGUUGGACCAAAGGUUAAUAAUACGAAGAAAAUAGUUCCUGAAAGUGACGCUGCGUCACUGACUAUUAAAGAAUCCGCUGUAAAGCCACUCAUGAAUGGCGAUGUCAUCAUGGAAGAUUUUAAUGAAAAAAACAACGUGGGAACACGAUCAUGUUUUCUCAGUUCUUCAGAUGCUGAAGGUGACUACCAAGAUAGCCUUGAGACACUGCCAUCAACCAAAGAGUCUGAGAGGGCACCAACUCCUACACCUCCACCCCCUCAGCCGGAAAGAAAUUCAGUUAAUCAGGUAGAAGAAAUGGAAAUUGAAACCUCGGAAGUUAAGAAAGUUACUCCAUCACCUAUUACUUCUGGAGAGGAAUCUAAUCUCAGCAGUGAUUUUAUUGAUGAAAAUGGUGUGCCUACCAACAGAGAUGAAAAUGUCAAUGGAGAAGCUAAAAGAAAGACAGUCAUCACAGAAAUCACCACGAUGACAUCGACAGUGGCCACAGAAUCAAAAACCGUGAUUAAGGUAGCAAAAGGCGAUAAGCAGACUGUGGUCUCUUCCACAGAAAACUGUGCCAAGUCCACUGUCACAACCACCACUACCACGGUAACAAAGCUUUCCACACCCUCCACGGGCAGCAGUGUGGACAUCAUUUCCGUAAAGGAGCAGAGCAGAACUGUGGUCACCACAACAGUGACGGACUCACUGACCACUGCAGGGGGCACUUUGGUAACAUCUAUGACUGUGAGCAAAGAAUAUUCCACAAGAGACAAAGUGAAGCUGAUGAAAUUUUCAAGACCCAAGAAGACCCGCUCAGGUACAGCUCUGCCAUCCUAUAGAAAAUUUGUUACUAAGAGCAGCAAGAAGAGCAUUUUUGUUUUGCCUAAUGAUGACUUAAAAAAGUUGGCCAGAAAAGGAGGAAUCCGAGAAGUCCCUUAUUUUAAUUACAAUGCAAAACCUGCUUUGGAUAUAUGGCCAUAUCCUUCUCCCAGACCAACUUUUGGUAUCACUUGGAGGUAUAGACUUCAGACGGUAAAGUCCUUAGCUGGAGUGAGCCUUAUGUUACGGUUACUGUGGGCGAGUUUGAGAUGGGAUGACAUGGCAGCCAAGGCUCCUCCAGGGGGAGGGACUACGCGGACAGAAACAUCUGAAACCGAAAUCACAACAACAGAAAUAAUUAAGAGGCGAGACGUUGGUCCCUAUGGCAUUCGAUCUGAAUAUUGUAUCAGGAAAAUCAUUUGCCCCAUCGGAGUUCCAGAAGCACCAAAAGAAACACCUACACCUCAGAGGAAAGGCCUUCGAUCCAGUGCAUUGCGGCCAAAGAGACCAGAAACACCUAAGCAAACUGGCCCUGUUAUUAUCGAAACCUGGGUAGCCGAAGAAGAGUUGGAAUUAUGGGAGAUCAGGGCAUUUGCUGAGAGAGUGGAGAAAGAAAAGGCCCAGGCAGUCGAGCAACAGGCUAAGGUUAGUGAACAGAAGAAAGCAGAGGACUUCAAGGCCCAAGUGGAGGUCCAGCUAAAACAGCAGCUGUUGGCUGCCCAGCAGAAACGACUGGAGCAGCAGAAACCUACAGUAAUUGCAGCUUCCACUACUUCCCCAACAAACAGUACAACCAGUACCAUCUCUCCAGCACAGAAAGUUAUGGUGGCCCCCAUAAGUGGCUCAGUUGCACCUGGAGCUAAAAUGGUCCUAACUACUAAAGUUGGCUCUCCGGCUGCAGUAACAUUCCAGCAAAACAAGAACUUCCACCAAACCUUUGCUACGUGGGUUAAGCAAGGCCAGUCAAAUUCAGCCACCAGCACAGCUGCCACAUCUGCUACAACCAUUGCCAGCACAGGUCAGACGUUCCAAAUUACAGGCAAUCCAGUCACUAUGGCAGGAAAAGUAAUUACCAAACUGCCACUUCCUGCAAACAGCAAGAUUGUCGCUGUAAAUGUGCCAGCAACACAAGGAGGUGUUGUUCAAGUACAGCAGAAAGUCCUGGGUAUCAUUCCAUCUAGUACAGGUACAAGCCAGCAAACCUUUACUUCAUUCCAGCCCAGGACAGCGACCGUCACCAUUAGGCCCAACACCUCUGGCUCUGGAGGAACCACAAGCUCUUCCCAAGUAAUCACAGGGCCUCAGAUCCGCCCUGGUAUGACGGUGAUUAGAACACCACUCCAACAGUCAACACUAGGAAAGGCAAUUAUUCGAACACCUGUGAUGGUGCAGCCAGGUACUCCUCAACAAGUGGUGACUCAGAUCAUCAGAGGGCAGCCCGUUUCCACUGCAGUCUCUGCCCCUAGUGCUGUUUCCUCAGCACCUGGGCAGAAAGGACUGACAUCAGGCACGUCCACGACAAGCCUGCAGUCACCAACCUCGCAGCCACCCCGGCCCCAGCAAGGCCAGGUGAAGCUUACCAUGGCUCAGCUCACUCAGUUAACACAGGGCCAUGGUGGCAAUCAAGGUUUGACAGUAGUAAUUCAAGGACAAGGUCAAACUACUGGGCAGUUGCAAUUGAUACCUCAAGGGGUAACUGUACUUCCGGGUCCAGGACAGCAGCUCAUGCAAGCUGCAAUGCCAAACGGUACUGUUCAGCGGUUCCUCUUUACUCCCUUGGCAACAACAGCUGCAACAGCCAGCACCACAACCACCACUGUCUCCACUGCGGUAGCAGGUACAAGUGAACAAAGACAGAGUAAAUUGUCACCCCAGACACAGGUGCAACAGGCCAAAACCUCGCCACCAGCUCAGUCAUCCAGUGUGAGCCCUCCAGAAGCCCCACCACAGACUGCUCAGCCUGCAGCUCAGCCCCCGCCCCCAGCUCAGCCCCCAUCCCCAGCUCAGCCUGAAGUUCACACUCAACCUGAAGUUCAGACCCAGACGACUGUUUCAUCCCAUGUUCCUUCUGAAGCACAACCCAACCAAACACAGUCAUCCAAACCCCAAGCUGCAGGACAGUGUCAGCCUCAAAGUAAUGUCCAAGGACAGUCUCCUGUUCGUGUCCAGAGUCCACCACAGACUCGGAUACGUCCAUCAACUCCAUCCCAAGUGUCUCCUGGACAGCAACCCCAGGUUCAGACUACAGCCUCACAGCCGAUUCCAAUCCAACCACAUACUUCUCUUCAGAUACCUUCCCAAGGCCAGCCACAGUCACAACCCCAGGUACAGUCUUCAACUCAAACUCUUUCAUCAGGACAAACGUUAAAUCAAGUUACUGUUUCAUCCCCAUCCCGUCCUCAGCUACAAAUACAGCAGCCACAGCCCCAAGUCAUUGCUGUGCCUCAGCUGCAACAACAAGUCCAGGUUCUCUCUCAGAUCCCGUCACAGGUUGUGGCUCAGAUACAGGCUCAGCAAGGUGGUGUGCCCCAGCAGAUCAAACUCCAGUUCCCCGUUCAAAUUCAGCAAAGCAGGCCUGUGCAGACUCACCAGAUUCAGAAUGUGGUUACAGUGCAGGCAGCCAGUGUGCAAGAGCAGUUGCAGAGGGUUCAGCAACUCAGGGACCAGCAGCAAAAGAAGAAGCAGCAACAGAUAGAAAUUAAGCGGGAACACACCCUCCAAGCUUCUAAUCAAAGUGAAAUCAUUCAGAAACAGGUGGUGAUGAAACAUAAUGCUGUGAUAGAACAUUUAAAACAGAAAAAGACCAUGACUCCAGCUGAAAGAGAAGAGAAUCAAAGAAUGAUUGUCUGUAACCAGGUGAUGAAGUAUAUUUUGGAUAAGAUAGAUAAAGAAGAAAAGCAGGCAGCGAAAAAACGGAAGCGUGAAGAGAGCGUGGAACAAAAACGGAGCAAGCAGAAUGCUACCAAGCUCUCAGCAUUGCUCUUCAAGCACAAAGAACAGCUCAAAGCUGAGAUACUGAAAAAGAGAGCCCUCCUAGACAAAGACCUACAAAUUGAAGUACAGGAAGAGCUAAAGAAAGACCUCAAACUUAAGAAAGAAAAAGAGCUGGCGCAGGCCGCAACGGCAGCUGCAGCGCCCCCAGUGACUGCGGCUCCUCCAGCCCCUCCGCCUUCACCUCCACCUACCCCACAGCAUGCAGGCCUCCUGUCCACACCCACGUUACCUGCGGCUUCCCAGAAGAGGAAGAGGGAGGAGGAAAAAGACUCAAGCUCCAAGUCCAAGAAGAAGAAAAUGAUCUCUACUACCUCAAAGGAAACUAAGAAGGACACAAAGCUUUACUGUAUCUGUAAAACGCCUUACGAUGAAUCUAAGUUCUAUAUUGGCUGUGAUCUUUGUACUAACUGGUAUCAUGGAGAAUGUGUUGGCAUCACAGAAAAGGAGGCUAAGAAAAUGGAUGUGUACAUCUGUAAUGAUUGUAAACGGGCACAAGAGGGCAGCAGUGAGGAAUUGUACUGUAUCUGCAGAACACCUUAUGAUGAGUCACAAUUUUAUAUUGGCUGUGAUCGGUGUCAGAAUUGGUACCAUGGGCGCUGCGUUGGCAUCUUGCAGAGUGAGGCGGAACUCAUUGAUGAGUACGUCUGCCCACAGUGCCAGUCGACAGAGGACGCCAUGACAGUGCUCACACCGCUCACAGAGAAAGAUUAUGAGGGCUUGAAGAGGGUGCUGCGCUCCCUACAGGCCCACAAGAUGGCCUGGCCUUUCCUUGAACCAGUAGACCCUAAUGAUGCACCAGAUUAUUAUGGUGUUAUUAAGGAACCUAUGGACCUUGCCACCAUGGAAGAAAGAGUACAAAGACGAUAUUAUGAAAGGCUGACGGAAUUUGUGGCGGAUAUGACCAAAAUUUUUGAUAACUGCCGUUACUACAAUCCAAGUGACUCCCCUUUUUACCAGUGUGCAGAAGUUCUUGAAUCAUUCUUCGUACAGAAAUUAAAAGGAUUCAAGGCUAGCAGAUUGUGAUAUCUUUAGUCUGAAUUUUUAACUGGAAUCAGAACUGGAUGUUGGGGUCACUGUUUAUUGUACUACAUGAUUACCUAACUCAAAUAUUGCCCCCAAAACGUUCAGACUAGUUAAUAUAAUUUUCUAAUGUUAAAGAAGAUGUAUAGUGGUAAACAAUUUAUUUUAGCCAUGUCGAACAAUGUAUUUAAAAAUUGUAAACUCCUGGAAUACUGUAUUUAUCUGUUAUUGUAAUAUAAAGUACUUCGACUUAGUUCUGGUAACUGUACAGUAAUUUGGUUUACUAAAAAAGUUAUGAAUAAAACUGUGAAACUAGGAAGGAGACUUUCUGGACUUUAACAGAAAAAUGUGAUUUUAAUGUUGCUACUACUUUUAACAGAAUUAUUUUUCUUACAUUCCCCAAAUCAAUGUAAAUAAGCACGCGCGCGCACACACAUAUAUCUUUUACCACAAUGGUAACGUCUCUGUAAACGUCUCUACUUGUCCCUUUGGCUAAAAGUAUUGUAAUCUUUGUUAGAAAAAUAUAUUUUUAAUAAAUAUUGGCUUUUAUAUUAUGUUUAGUGUACAGUUUAAAAUUUUAAUAUUAUAGGUUAAAAUUUUCUUAAUUGUUCUCUUAUAUUUGCUUGCCAAGGGUGAGUGAAAGAACAUGGCUGCUUCCCCCAGCCUGACUGACCUUGGCAUCCACAUAAAGCGUCAUUGUUUUCAAAAAUGAAGGGUGCUUAAUUGUUCCCUUUUUUCUGUAUUCUGUAGGUCUCAUAACAACAAACUGCAGUCUACAGCUUCUUAAAGUUCAGCGUGUUAACCUAACAUAAAACACAGCAAGAAUCUGGUUGUCUGAACUAUUUUAAAUUAAGGAGCCAGAUGUUUUUAGUCAGGUUAUCCUGACAAGACUUGACCUAAACUUCGUUUUUAUUGGUCAUAACAGUCCAAUUAUAUUCUUGGCCAAUUUUGUCCAACGGACAAGGGAAAAGCAAAGUCAACGACACCAUUAUCUUGUCAAGAUCAAAUGGUUUUACUAUUGUGGCAGAAGCGGGAAACCUUUUGUUUAUUGAAAAUAAAAAAAGAAAGCAAGAAAAAAAGAUAAUAUGGGGUCAAGUGUAACUCCAUGGAAAUGCCACGUCUGCUCUUCAGUGAAGAAGCUGGUUUAGAGUCUCACAGAAAACUUUUGACUGUAUUUAUUUAUUGUUGCAAAAAAGACGCUUUUUUAUUGCUGCCCUCAUUUGUCAGCUAAUUAUUUUUUCUUAUAAAAUCCAGCCCUGGUUACAUGUAAUCCAUCCUGUAUCUUAUCAUGAUUCCUGUAGGUAAAAGUACAAGACAACCUCUAGAUGUCUUUUCUUUCUAUGAAAGGAGCUGCUAUGUACACAUGUGCACACACACACAACUGGGAAUCAACAGUGAGUUUAUUGUUCAUGGUAGAUAAAAAUUAAGCUUGCGUAAAGGUCGGGCUAAGUGGUCCUGGACUAUAGACUCUGUUGCCUUGGAUAUAACAGUACAAUUUGUCAUUUACUCUCCACCAGGCUAAAAUGAGUAAAAUCUAUUUGAAGGUAUCUUGUUUGUAAACAUUUGUCAGAUUCUAAUUUUUUUCUUUUUGUAUUAAAAUUCAACUAUGGAUGUAUAUGAAACAAAAUAAAUGGAGAUCAUUUUUCUCCCACAGAUGGAGGUGUCUUUGAAUGUGCGCUAAUGAUUAUCUGUAAGCCUUUGUGGGGAGAGGGAGGGCUGACAGGAAAAGAGAAGGCAGAAGAACCUAAUUGUAUCUGGUUUUCUCUAGGACAGCAGUGCCCCUUUGUGUAUCAUCCCAGCUCAUUGUCAUCACUGCAAAGAAAAAUGUUCAGGGGUGCUAAUCAUGUUGUAGCAAUUGAUCAUACUAAUAAAAAAAAAAAAAAAAAGGGAACGUGACAAAAGACACAUUGCCUUCAUCUGAGCAUUAUCCAAUAAAAAAAUAUAUAUAUACCAGGCAAAUUAUCACCAUUGUGCAGGAAUCACAGCUACUUACACUUUAUGAAGGGCAUUUUUUUUUUUUUUUAAUGACUUCAUCUUUUUGAUUCUUGUUGAUUGUUUUUUGUGUGUUUUGGGUUAUUUCCCUACGUAAGAACAAGUAGUGUAAGUGGUGGGGAAAAAAAAUGGAAACAACAGAGGGAGUUGUAUCGUGCAUGUUUCCCUUUCAGUGUUCUGACCUUACACGUUGUAUUACUGCAUUGUAAUAAUAGCGUCUAUGAAAUCUGCCAUAAGUAGGAUUAUGCAGCUUUGCAAAAAUUUUACUAGAUUUUGCACUAAUUCGUAUUAGCUUUGUCCUACCACGUUCUGGAGUUUACCUAAUUAUGGUUUUUUAAAAGUUUCCCUCUGUUUAAUAUUGCCCUGCUAUGCAAGACCUUUCCCAGACCUUAGUUUCUUAAAGACGUUGCUACAAUUCCCAGUUCUUUCUUAUUACAGGCUCAGGUGUACAGGUUAUUCUGGGUUAGUUUUAUCUAAUGAAGCCCGUUCCUUUUUGUACAUAAAGAUGUCACUUAAACCUAUGCUUUCAAACUAAAGAGACUAAUUGCUCAAUAUGGAAACAAAGUUUUUGCUUAAAUAUUAAGACGAAAGUAGCUGAAUAUAGGUUAUUUUGUCCUUUUUUAAAAAAUGCUACAUAUUGUAUGCAUUGUGCUGAUGGAAGAAUUCUACAUUUUAAUGAAUUAUAAAAUUAUUCCGCAUCUCAUCACAUCACAGUAUUUCUGUACUAUUUAUUCAUAUAUAAAUAUAUAUUAGCUUAAUCAUUUAAAACUUGUUGCGGAAAGAACUUUCCUACCUGUAGGCAAUAGACUGCUAUGUUUUUAACAAAUUGUGGUAAAUUCUAAGGAGUAAUUCUUUUUGUACGUAAUAGGACAUUUCAUCCUAGAAAAAUAAAGUAAUGUUUUUGACAUUGGAUUUGGUGCAGUUUCUAAUGAAACAAUGGUUCUUUGGUUGGUUGGUUGGUUGAUGAUAUAUUUUCUGUAGUUGUUGGUAUUGCGAAAGUGUACAUAAAAGGUGAAUUUUAUGGGAAUCUUCAUACUAGGAAAAUGUUAAUUUCAUAUAUGUAUCUAAUAGUACAAAGCAUUUUGCAGUUUUCUAUCACCAUAUAAAUACAUAAAGACAUAGUUUUAUCAAUUACAGAGCUUUAGUCUUUCAAAAGCAAUUUUUGAAAAAGUCUUAUAAAACAUGAGUUUCAAAACCUGCUUUUUUAUGAAUAUUUGACAAACUUCUACUUAAUACAGCUAUUUUCCUUUCAAUAAUCCAAGUUGCAUAAUGCACAUUUGUGAUACUGUUAAAAUGUUUCUACCCCAGUCUUUGGGCUUGUAAAUAUAUUUAAUUUGCAUCAGUAGAUUUCCUUGGCUAAAAGUAUUUUCAGUGCUUGUUAUUCUUCAUCUGCCAAAUUCAAAAUCCUUGAAAUGCUUUCAUAAAAAUUGUUUUCAUAAUAUUGAAAAGGCUUUUUUCUCCUAUCCAAAUUCUGCAGGAUUUGUAUUUUAAUGCCCUGCAGGAGGCAAAAGAAAAAAAAAUGUGAACUUUUGGGGAUACUUUCUAAAGUAAAACACUUACCUUUUUAUAUUUCAAAUGGCCUGGAGUGUUACCUAGAGACACUGAGAUUUGAUGAUGUUUGUAAUCUAUCUUCCUAGAGUCUGGAAAUAAAAGUUCUUUCCCUAUUUCUGUUCAUUUCUAGUAGGUAAACUCCCUGCUUGUGUGUGUGUUUCUGAUGUUAAAGAGCCAGCCCAGUGACCUUCUAAGUCUCUACACACUUAUGGACUGAGAUGGAGCUGCAUUACCGUAGCACUCACACUUUGCAUGAGUUGAGGCAAUUGCCCAUAAAUCCCAAAUUUCUAGUCCUUAAAAUGGGGGUAGUGGUAUCUCAUGGGCAGAGUAAUGUCAUAAGUGCUUGGGGCUGGGGGUUAGAGUCAGCUGAGAAGUAUUUUUAAUAAUUUGAAAUACUCUGAGGUGCUUCUGGGUACUUAGAAUAAGGUCCACCCAUUGCUGUCAAGUCGAUUCCAAUUCAGUGACCCUUUAGGACAGAGUAGAACUGCCCCAUAGGGUUUCCAAGGCUGCCACAUCUCCCAGGGAGCUGCUGGUGGGUUCUAACUGACGAUCCUGUGAUUAGCAGCCAAGCACUUUAACCUGUGCCACCAGGGCUCCUUUAGAAUAAGAUAUUGUACUGAAAAAGACAUUUCUCAAAAGAUCACACCCUUUGAUCCAGUUUGGACCAAAUUCAACGAAAGGAAUAUGUUUUAAAAAUGAGAAAGUCCUGCUUUAUUUACUUGUAACUUGCCCAAAUACAUCCUGAAAUUGAGUUUAUGCAUUGUUGGCAGCAGGUCACUUUUUACGUGUUUGCUAUACAUGUGUUUGAUCAACCUUAAUGAAUUUAAGAGAAAGAUAAACAAUAUGAUCUUUAAAGGGCUAUUGCAAAAAGCUAGUACCAAAAAAAGGUGUCUUUCGCUACUAAAAGAAAAACAAGUACUUUUUCCUUGAAUUCUAAAGUAACAAUUUGAAGGAGGGAUGCUGUUGAGUUACUCUUGAAGGCAACUGAGUAUUUUAUGGAUGAGGGACUACUGUGUGUGCACAUGGGCACAAAGGGCCCUUUAGUCUUCGGCGCACAAACCCAUGUGCUAAUAGAAAUCUAUCCACUGGACAAAAGUAUCAGAACAAUGAAUUUGCUAAUUAAAAUUUUCCAUAAAAUUAGAGUUUGUAUCCAAGGUACUAAGUAAUGGAGAUUCUUCUUAGCCUUUUUUGCCUAGCCUGAAAUUACCAAUCUAGAAUUUACUGCCUUAAUUUUAUUCAGGCAGGUUCUAAAAAGCUAGCCUGCUUGUGUUUGCCGGAGUAUACAUAUUAACUCUGACUUCCAAACAUCACACAUCUCAAACACCUCUGGCCCCUUUUGUGUGUUUUCAAAAUUUCUCAGAAACUGACUUAUCAAAUCAGUCUAACUCAAACCUUUGGGCUUAUGUAAAAGUGAUUUUCCUCUUCUUUUAAACUAGAGCUAUUUAUAACUGUUCAUGUUUUAACAUCUACCCAUCCACUCAAUAACUUACCUAUUCGGCAAUUUUGUAAUUUUCCCCACCACGUCAUUCAAGAUCACCAUGUAGCCUUUUGACAUUUAAAAAUUCAGCUAUGAUUUUUGUGACUGGUGCUACCUUAUGUCUGAGUUAAUUUUAUCUUAAAGAAAACUAACUUAGAAGUGCUUCAAAAGCUGUGUACUCCACUGCCAAGUGUUGACGCGAUAAUGCAGUGGAUUUCCAAGAAGCGGUUCUAGUAAGAUUUUGUAGUAAGUCUGGGUAAGACUCAUUGUCGGGAGGUUCUCUAAAAAUCCUUCAGUGAUGCUUUACCACAGAAUACUCAGAAUCUCUCAAUUUUAAUUUUCUCUAUAAUCGCCAUGUUUGAGACAAAUAAGGUAUUUCUCAUCACAAUCCGACAUUCUGUCUCACGCUCUCGCUACACGCGUUCCCAUGCAUCCUCUAUUGUCCUGUCCUGGACAUCCUUUACAUACACGGGUGCCUCUCUGUGGCCCUUAAAGACUUCCUGUGCCAUUAAAGACACAUCUUGAGCUCUGAGUGUGUCACCUUUGAGACCAAAUACGCUGUUUUUCUCUCCUCAGUGUUGUUCCUUUUUAUCGCUCUUUAGGCAUUAAUCUUCACCCAUGGCUUAUUGGUGUCUAUUCACAGUGCUUCAAAUUAACCAAGGUAACAGCUUGAUCUUCUGAAAAAAAUCAUACUUUGUGGGUUCAAGUAUAAAAUCAGUGUUAACUCCAGCUAGUGAUUAAAGCUUUUUUAAAU